CUCUGACAAAGGCAUUUGCUGUCAACGUCACACAACAAUUAUUUUGAUAUUCAUCUAAAUUUUGGUCAAUUUAUGUUUUUUGGCGAUUUACUUUAAAGAAAUUCAACUGAUCUCAACCAGGCAUACCUUAAACUUCGAGCGUUUCCACAAAACUAUGCCAAAUCACCCGACGAAAUUGCAACAUCUGCAGCCAACUUUUGGGGCACUGCAAGAUUGCAAUUAAAUUGCACAGCUCCGAGUGACAGCUAAUGGCCGGAAGUUGAGAAGCGUUAUAGAACAGUGUAGUCUGUAUAACAUAGGCCCUGAUCACCAGAUAAGGACAUCAAACUGGCGAACUCCUACACAGCGCUCAAUGCCUCGGAUACCAACCGAAAACUUCGUCCGCGCUGGUGGAGCGGUGGUGUAGCCGGCGCCUUGACGCAAUUUGUAGUGGCGCCUUUUGAUCUGCUAGAGACACGCAUGAUGUUUCUCAAAAAAGACACAACCAUGAUUAAACUUACGAAAACAGCCAUCCAAAGACACGGAUUCAUAUCUCUAUAUGAUGGUCUCAGUGCCCAACUCCUACGACAAAUUACCUAUACGACUAUACGAUUUCACCUGUACGAUUUGGGUAAGCGAUACGUUGAUGAGGAAGACUUUCUGCACAAGGUGUGUGUAGCGAGCGUAUCCGGCAUGAUGGCAGCUGUUGUCGGCAUACCCUUCGAGUUGAUUAACACUCGUAUGCAUGUGGAUCGAGCGCUGAAAUGGAAAUAUAGGCGAAACUAUCGAAAUGUCUUUGAUGGUCUGUACAGGGUUUGGCGGGAGGAGGGCUUUGCUGCGCUCUACACGGGAGGUUUUAGCUCAUUUGCACGCGCAACGCUUGUUACAAUUGGCCAAAAUGCGAUGUACGAUCAGAGCAAAACUAUAUAUAUGCGUUACUUUAAGUUGGGAGAUGAUUGUAAGAUGCUGCACUUGUUGAGCUCCCUGACGGCAGCCAUAAUAUGUGCUCCCUUAGUGCAACCCAUAGAGAUUUUCAAGACGAUGCAAAUGAGCAAAGGAAGCGGUCAUUUAGAUACCACCUCUGAGAAGUUAAGGUUCAUGAUGCGCUUUGGUUUUAGAGGUCUAUUUCGUGGCAUUUCGCCGAGUUUGUUACGUAUGAUUCCGUAUACAAUUAUAAUGUUCCUUUUAUAUGAGCAAAUACGCCUUAAAUUUGGUUAUUAUGCAGAAAACAAACUGGACUAAGUGUACAUUUAAAUAAACAAACUAAACAACAACAUAA